AUGAAAAUUACUUGCAAACCUAGCGAACCCGACACCAUUGAGAAAAUAAUCCAUGACUCUGAAGACGGAGGAAUUGGAAUUAUUACUCAAAACCGUUCCCGUACCCCUUCUAGCAAGAUUGAGAAUAUAUGGGGUAGAAAUAGAUCUGUUCUCGUAUCAGCAUUAUCAGACGUUGACUACAAACUGCAAAAUCAGCAGAGAUCCAACUGGAGCUGGGAUGAAGAAUGAGGAACGAAGAGAUCAAAUAUUUAUAAAAGCUGAGGUUCAAUCUUGAAGGAAUCGAAACUAGCAAACAUUUCUGACUCUAAACAAGAGUCUAACAUAGAUCAUUACGUCAGUGUCUUCCCCAAAGAAUCAGAAUUUAAAAGGUACCAAUUUUAUGAAGGAAAAAGCAAAUUAUGGUGAAGAGGCGUCUAUAUGACUGGCCCUAAGCCUCAAGCUAUACUGAUGACUCUGUGUUUGAUAAACCUUCCAAUGAUAAUAUACUAUGGUUUCGUUCUACCAAAAAUAAACAGUACAUUCUCUUUAUUUUGGAUAGUUAUCUUGUCAACUGUCGUACAUCUUAUGUCGAUGUAUUGAAUGUUCAAAACAUGAACUUCGAACCCAGGAAUCAUUCCUAAAAUGGAGCAAGAUCCCUCACUGCUAUAUAAAAUCACCCAGGCAAGGCCCACUAAGUAUAGCUUUAGGAUGAACUACAUGGGGACCUUGGUUAAGCAUGUCCACUGUAAUAACUGAGUUGUGGUUGGACCUCCCAGAACUCGUCACUGAUAUUUUUGUGGAAACUGUGUUGAGCUCUUUGACCACCACUGUCCUUGGCUAAGUUGCUGUGUUGGCAAACGAAACUACACCUACUUCCUUGUCUUUAUAUCCACUCUUUCGGCCUUGUUUAUCCUCAGUAUGAUUGUUAGUGCUUUUGUGCUACUAAGUUCUGACGACUUUGUUCCGAACAUCCCAUGCAUAUUUGUAAUCGUCUACAACAUCUUAGUGGGAGCUUUUCCAGUCGGCCUGACCAUCUAUCACUACUUCUUAGUUAUUAGUGGAGAAACCACUUACGAAAAUCUGAAGAGACUAUAUAAGAGGGAGAAGAAUCCAUUCAAAAAGAGUUUGAUUCAUAACUUAAGAACCAGAUUAUGAAACACUAUGGGCACCAAUAAAAUGAGGCAGAAGUGCAACAUGUUCGAUCACAAAACCGUAAGCCCAACUCCAGAUAUGCAGACUCUUGAUAACAUGCGCAAUACCGGAAAGCUGGCCCAAGAUAUAGAAGGAAAGAGAGACAGAAGGCACUCUAACUCAGAUACUUUGAAUAUGGCCUCAAAGGAGUCAUAGGCUAAGUUAUCCUACGACCUUAUUUAUAAUUCCUA